AUGAUCAUUGUAUUUAGGUUUCCAAAAUCCUAUGAUGAGCUCCAGUCCCGGGGCUUAGACUUCAUGUCUAUUCUCAGCGAUCAGGAGAGGGAAGCGGACGAUAAAACAGCCGUAAAGGAUAGGGAGGACAGCGAACCAAUAGUAAGGGUCGUAUCCGUGGAUAAGGAGUCCGACAGCGAGGAGUCGGAUGAAGAGAAGUCCAAAGAGAAGGAACCGAUGAUUGAACCAAAAAUACGCGACGAAAACCGAGAGAUCGGAUCGAUUGAGGGUCGGGUGUAUUGGAUGUAUGCGAAGGCCGGCGCCGGACCACUAAUGCUUAUCAUUGCUAUAACUGCCGCAGUUUUAUCGCAGAAUAUGGAUGUUAUAAUCUAUUCAUCACUAAUCGCAGCCCUAUUUGUGACGGCACUAAUCCGAGUGAUCACGUGGUUUAUGAUGUGUAUGCGGGCAUCGGUUAGACUUCAUAACAGUAUAUUUUAUAGUUUAUUACGGACUCCCAUAUCAUUCUUUGACAACAAUCCCGUCGGUCGUAUAUUGAACCGAUUCUCUAAAGACAUGGGCGGUGUUGAUGAGAGACUGCCCUCAAAUGGAUAUGAAUUAAAUAUGGCAAUAACUCAGGUCAUUGGUAUCGCUGUGAACGUGUCUAUUGUGAAACCCUAUCUAAUAUUACCGGCAGUCAUAUUAACCAUCGUUAGUCUAUUCGUGAGAAUAGUGUACAUUAAAUCAGCGAGAGAUCUACGUAGACUGGAGGGUGUGGCGAGAAGUCCAGUGUUUACUCACAUAAGCACAACACUGAAUGGGUUGGCCAGUGUCCGGGCCUUUGGAGCGCAGGCAGAGUUUGAAAAUCAGUUCAAUGUCUACCAGGAUGACACUACCGGCACGUGGUUUAUGUUUUUAGGCACAGCCCGUGUAUUGGCAAUGGUUAUGGAGUGGAUUAGUAUAUUGUAUAUAGUGGUGGUUAGUGUAGUAUUGAUGGUGUUUUAUGAAGGUAUUGGUGGUGGAAGUGCUGGACUGGCCCUGUCUUCAGCAAUAAUGUUGACGGGAAUCGCUCAGAGAGGAGUCCGACAGUCGGCAGAGUUAGAGACUCAGAUGACUUCAGUCGAGCGCAUCAUUGAGUACUCAAAACUACCACAAGAGGCGGCCCUCAACUCCGAUGACGAUCGCAAACCCCCACCUGAUUGGCCACAGAAAGGACAGAUAGAACUCAAGGAUAUAAGUCUAUACUACGAGGGAUCAGACAAACCGGUGCUCAAGAACUUGAAUUGUGUUAUAAAGAGUGGAGAGAAGGUAGGGAUCUGUGGCCGGACGGGCGCCGGCAAGUCGUCUAUCAUAUCAGCGCUGUUUCGUAUGGUUGAGCCAAAGGGGGAGAUAGUUAUGGACGGCAUUAACACGGGAUCAAUAGGUUUGCAUGAAUUGCGGUCAAAGAUCUCAAUCAUACCUCAAGACCCGGUGGUCUUCACGGGAACCGUUAGAAAAAAUUUGGAUCCUUUCGGCGAAUACAGCGAUCAAUCGAUUUGGAGUGCCUUAGAAGAGGUGCAGCUGAAGGGGGCGGUGGGGGACCUCCCGGGCCAGUUGGACGGCCAGUUAACUGAAGGGGGCGGAAAUUUGAGUGUAGGUCAGAGGCAGUUGGUAUGUCUGGCGCGGGCUAUACUGCGGCACAAUAGGGUA